CGCCAGUCUCAGUAGCACCCGCGCCGCCGUCGCAUCACCAGUGCCGUCUCGUGUCUCUCGUCCGCCCUCACACCCACCCACCUGAGAGCCUAAUCCACGCCACGCCCAGGCUCUGUGGCACACUCUUUGGCACUUGUUUGGGUCGCAUCCCGCUGUUGACGGAAGUGUCAAGACCUGUGCCAUCUCUGCCAAAAGUUUGACAAGUGCUUGCGAGUAACAAUUUUUGGCGGGGAAUACUACACCCAUUCAUGUUAAGAUGUAGAACGUGCUUGCAGCGACCAGAUCCUUCCUGCGAGUCAAGACAGGGAUCCUGUCUACCUUUUCCAAAGGACUGGAACCUAAUAUUUUACAAGAUAAAGUUGGUGCUUGGCUGAUUAACCGAGUGUUGCCAUUAUUUGUGUGAGUGUGUGGAAAAUAUAAGUCUCAUGCUCUAAUAUAUACAUGAAGUAAAAUGCUGGUGUAUUUGUGUGUAAAGUGUGUGUUGGUGCAGCAUGGGUAACAGUGAAGGCAAGUUAGCAAGAGGAAGGAGGCAUGUAGAGCCGCCAUACAGCACUGCGCGACCACUGCCGCCCCUACCCACUGAUGAAUACGAGGAGGGGGAUGAUCUAGACGUCCCACCACCAUACCCACCACCGCCGCCUCCAGGGCAGGACCACAAGCGGUACUCCUGGCGGCUUAGGGACUCCGCCGUCUUUGGCCAGAGCGAUAACAAGAGGCGCUCCUGGCUACUCAACUUCUCCAACGGUAACGACAACAAUGCGAAGGGUAAAUUGGCGAAAGACGGUAAGGAUGUCAAUGAUGUUCAGUUAAAAACAGGUGCAGGUAGCAGGGAGAUUUUGAGUGACCCCGGUGUGAGGGGCUCCACGCAGGAGCCACGUUUAGACAUUGACAGUCCCUCCUGGGAGGUUGACAGCAAAGGUGAACUAGAUAAGAGUGUGAGUAGUGACACUCACUUGUACAGUAUGGACUCCGAGAGAGAGUCCGGUCACUCGACCUGGCAGAUACGAGACGGCAAGCUAAUUAGUGUGACGAAGGACAUCGUGAGAGGAGAGGACAACGACGCCCCAGGAUACAGUCUUCUCCACGAAUGUGUCAAACACGACCAGAGGAUCGGUCUGCCGUCCCUGGAAAUAAGUACCAAUUCGAACAUGAACGAAGAUUUGAAAAAUGUCAUUGACGAAUUACGAGGUAAACCUCAUGUAGACAGCAAGACAACUGUUAAAACUGUCUCAGACGGUAAGGGAGGUUUUGUCACAGUCACAACCACAGAAAAAACUAUUUCCUCCCAAGUCAGUAUUAACGGGAGAGACAUAAGAUCAACUCCAAAUGAUUCUUUGAGUAAACUUGAAGCAGAGUUGACUGCUCUGCUCUCCCCGGAGUUAGAUGUGCAUGGAAGCUCAGAGGUGCCCAGAAUAAAUGGCAGACAAUUGGAUGCUCAAACUUCUGGGGUGGGAUCAGGGAUACACAGUAAUGGAAACAUGUUAGGAGGUACUCAAACAUACAGUUCACACAUACAACAGAGCUACAACAUAUCCAUUACACCAAAUCUUCCACUACCUGAUAUACAAGAAUUCUCAAGAAAAGGUGUUCCGUUGCUUCCAGACCUUAUAAAAGGAGAUGGAAGGACAGGUUACGAUAGUAAGAGUUCAACAGGGAGUGGUGACAUGUCCUUCAAUCUGGACACAUCUGGCCAUGGGUCAGACCUCAGGGUUGAAGGCAGGAGUCCGGACAUGGCUCUCGGAUUUGAUAAGGCUGGGGCUAAAUUCGAUUUGAGAGCUGAUGAGCCACACAUCAAAGGAGAUAUUAGAGGAGAUUAUUCAGUUUCUGGAGAGGUUCCAAGUUCCAAGGUUAAAAGCAGGUUGAGAAUCGGUGCUCCAGAGAAUGACAUUAAUAUUCCAGGUAGUCUCAGCUUCCCAAGUGGUGAUAUUCAUAGAACAGUAAUGAUGCCAUCUGCUGAAGUGUCAGUGUCACCAGUUCAGGGUGAAGGUGCUCUUGAUGCCAGUCUUGGUGUUUCAGUUCCUGAAAGCGAAGCUAAUAUAGAGGUUGACUCUUCUAAACUCAAAGUAAAAGGAGAAAAGCCAAAAAUAAAACUUGGUUCAUGCUUUGGUAAACCAAAAAGCCCUCAAAUAGAAGACGAAUAUAAACAGAGCAAAUUGAACACUGAAGGUCCUGAGGCAAGUGCCAGUGCCACUAUUAAGUCACCUCAGGCAGAGGUUCACACAGACUCUGCUCAGUUGAAAGUGGAAGUCAACACACCUGAUGUUGACAUUGAAGUUGAUUCACCAAAACUGAAAACAAAAGCUGACAAACCAAAAGCUAAACUUGGAUCUUGUUUCGGUAAACCCAAAAGUCCCAAAAUUGAAGGUGAAUAUGAACCAGGUAAACUUGAGGGCCCAGAGGCCAGUGUUGAGGCUACUGUCAAAACCCCAGAAGUGAAAGGUGACAUCAGUGUUGAGUCUCCAGACGUGAAAGUGAAAGGAGUGAAACCCAAAGCUAAACUUGGAUCAUGUUUCGGUAAACCAAAAAGUCCCAAAAUUGAAGGUGAAUAUAAACCAGGCAAAGUUGACAUUGAGGGCCCAGAAGUGGGAGGGAGUGCCAGUAUAGAACCACUUGAGGCCCGAGCUGAUAUAGACGUUGAGGCACCUGAGCUUAAAGUAAAAGCUGGCACACCAGGUGCCACUAUCGACAUUGAUUCACCUGAAGUGAAGGUGAAGGCAGGAAAACCAAAAGCUAAGUUACCUUCUUGCUUCGGUAAACCAAAGAGUCCUGAAAUUGAAGGUGAAUACAAACCAGGAAAAGUAGAAUUGGAAGCACCAGAAGCCAGCGUUGGUGCUAGCAUUAGCUCUCCUGAAGCUAAGGCUGAAGUCAACAUUGAGCCUCCAGAUGUGGAAGUUAAAGCAGGUAAACCAAAAGCUAAACUGGGAUCUUGUUUUGGUAAACCAAAGACUCCGAAGGUUGAAGGAGAAUAUAAACCGGGUAAACUUGAAGUUGAGGGCCCCGAGAUCAGUGCUGGGGCAAGUGUCAACACACCUGAAGCUAAGGCAGACAUUGAUAUUGAAUCACCUGAUGUGAAAGUCAAAGGUGGAAAAGGAAUUGGAAAGCCUAAAUCCAAGUUUGGAUCAUGCUUUGGCAAACCCAAGGGAGCCGACAUAGACGCUUCCUACCAGCCUGGAGAGCUGAAGUUUGAAGGUCCCGAAAUACCAAAAGUACGAGCUGAAGUUCCUUCCAUAGAAGGGAAAAUGAAAGUGGAAACACCAAAACUUGAUGUUAGUCCCUCAGUUGAAGUCGACAUUCCUAAACUACCUGAAGUGAAGGGAGGAUUUGGACUUGAUAUUGAUGUACCAAAGAUUGAGCCAUCACUAAAAAUUGAAGGUGAUAUUCCAGAUUUACCCAAAGUUGAAGCUGAACUUGGAGGCAGGGGUAAUAUUCCAGAUGUAGAGAUUGAGGGAAAAAUUCCUAAAGUUCCAGGAAUUAAGGCUGAUGUUGAUCUUGAUGGAAUAACACCUGAAGUAAGAUUUGAGGGUGAAAUACCAGAAUUACCAAAGGGAAAAGCCAGCUUGGACUUAAGUGGAGCCAUCCCAAGUGUCUCUGGAGAUAUAAAAGGAAUUGAUAUUUCACUACCAGAUAUUCCAAGUCCAAAGAUUGAAGCAGAAAUUAAAGGUGACCUGCCAUCUGUUGAGGUCCCUGAAGCCAAGAUUUCUCUGCCCUCAGGUCCCUCAUUACCAGCUGCAGAGUUUAAGGGCGAAGUUAAGGCCCCAGAGUUAACUGGAACAGUGAAAAUGCCACAACCUGAAGUUAAGGUCAAGAAAGCCAAAUUAGGCCCAUGUGCCUGUCUUGGUAAACAAGGAAAAUUGAAAAAGGAGGAGCCGUAUAUGGCUGCUGAAGUUGGAGGAAAAGCUAAAGGAGAAUUGAAAGGCAUUGAUGCUGGACUGGAGAUUGAAAAUGAAGGUUUGAAAGUUGAAGGUCCUGAGGCACAAGCCUCUCUCAGUGUGGAAGCUCCUGAAUUAAAGACAAAGAAAGGGAAAGUAUCAGGGAAGCCCAAAGCAUCUUUGGGAUCCUGUUUUGGUAAACCAAAGACUCCAACUGCAAGUGGUGAAUAUGCAGCUGAUGCUGGUGUAGAAGGCUCACUUUCUAUUGAUCCCAAAGUUAAAGUUGAGGGUGAAGGUGUUGCCGGGCCCAGUGUUAGUGUUGCUCUUCCUGAAGGAAAGGCUGAGAUCAAAGUUGACUCUCCCGAUGUGAAGGUGAAAGGAGGAAAACCCAAAGCUAAACUGGGAUCAUGUUUUGGUAAACCCAAAAGUCCCAAAAUUGAAGGUGAAUAUAAACCAGGUAAACUUGAGGGCCCAGAGGCCAGUGUUGAGGCUACUGUCAAAGCCCCAGAAGUGAAAGGUGACAUCAGUGUUGAGUCUCCAGACAUAAAAGUGAAAGGAGGGAAACCCAAAGCUAAACUUGGAUCUUGUUUCGGUAAACCAAAAAGUCCCAAAAUUGAAGGUGAAUAUAAACCAGGCAAAGUUGACAUUGAGGGCCCAGAAGUGGGAGGAAGUGCCAGUAUAGAACCACUUGAGGCCCGAGCUGAUAUAGACGUUGAGGCACCUGAGCUUAAAGUAAAAGCUGGCACACCAGGUGCCGCUAUCGACAUUGAUUCACCUGAAGUGAAGGUGAAGGCAGGAAAACCAAAAGCUAAGUUACCUUCUUGCUUCGGUAAACCAAAGAGUCCUGAAAUUGAAGGUGAAUACAAACCCGGAAAAGUAGAAUUGGAAGCACCAGAAGCCAGCGUUGGUGCUAGCAUUAGCUCUCCUGAAGCUAAGGCUGAAGUCAACAUUGAUACUCCAGAUGUGAAAGUGAAAGGAGGUAAACCAAAAGCUAAACUGGGAUCUUGUUUCGGUAAACCAAAGACUCCGAAGGUUGAAGGAGAAUAUAAACCGGGUAAACUUGAAGUUGAGGGCCCCGAGAUCAGUGUUGGGGCAAGUGUCAACACACCUGAAGCUAAGGCAGACAUUGAUAUUGAAUCACCUGAUGUGAAAGUCAAAGGUGGAAAAGGAAUUGGAAAGCCUAAAGCCAAGUUUGGAUCAUGCUUUGGCAAACCCAAGGGAGCCGACAUAGACGCUUCCUACCAGCCUGGAGAGCUUAAGUUUGAAGGUCCCGAAAUACCAAAAGUACGAGCUGAAGUUCCUUCCAUAGAAGGGAAAAUGAAAGUGGAAACACCAAAACUUGAUGUUAGUCCCUCAGUUGAAGUCGACAUUCCUAAACUACCUGAAGUGAAGGGAGGAUUUGGACUUGAUAUUGAUGUACCAAAGAUUGAGCCAUCACUAAAAAUUGAAGGUGAUAUUCCAGAUUUACCCAAAGUUGAAGCUGAACUUGGAGGCAGAGGUAAUAUUCCAGAUGUAGAGAUUGAGGGAAAAAUUCCUAAAGUUCCAGGAAUUAAGGCUGAUGUUGAUCUUGAUGGAAUAACACCUGAAGUAAGAUUUGAGGGUGAAAUAACAGAAUUACCAAAGGGAAAAGCCAGCUUGGACUUAAGUGGAGCCAUCCCAAGUGUCUCUGGAGAUAUAAAAGGAAUUGAUAUUUCACUACCAGAUAUUCCAAGUCCAAAGAUUGAAGCAGAAAUUAAAGGUGACCUGCCAUCUGUUGAGGUCCCUGAAGCCAAGAUUUCUCUGCCCUCAGGGCCCUCAUUACCAGCUGCAGAGUUUAAGGGAGAAGUUAAGGCCCCAGAGUUAUCUGGAACAGUGAAAAUGCCACAACCUGAAGUUAAGGGCAAGAAAGCCAAACUAGGCCCAUGUGCCUGUCUUGGGAAACAAGGAAAAUUGAAAAAGGAGGAGCCGUAUAUGGCUGCGGAAGUUGGAGGAAAAGCUAAAGGAGAACUAAAGGGUAUUGAUGCUGGACUGGAAAUUGAAAAUGAAGGUUUGAAAAUUGAAGGUCCUGAGGCACAAGCCUCUCUCAGUGUGGAAGCUCCUGAAUUAAAGACAAAGAAAGGGAAAGUAUCAGGGAAGCCCAAAGUAUCUUUGGGAUCCUGUUUUGGUAAACCAAAGACUCCAACUGCAAGUGGUGAAUAUGCAGCUGAUGCUGGUGUAGAAGGCUCACUUUCUAUUGAUCCCAAAGUUAAAGUUGAGGGUGAAGGUGUUGCAGGGCCCAGUGUUAGUGUUGCUCUUCCUGAAGGAAAGGCUAAGAUCGAUGUUGAUUCUCCCGAUGUGAAGGUGAAAGGAGGAAAACCCAAAGCUAAACUGGGAUCAUGUUUUGGUAAACCCAAAAGUCCCAAAAUUGAAGGUGAAUAUAAACCAGGUAAACUUGAGGGCCCAGAGGCCAGUGUUCAGGCUACUGUCAAAGCCCCAGAAGUGAAAGGUGACAUCAGUGUUGAGUCUCCAGACAUGAAAGUGAAAGGAGUGAAACCCAAAGCUAAACUUGGAUCUUGUUUCGGUAAGCCAAAAAGUCCCAAAAUUGAAGGUGAAUAUAAACCAGGCAAAGUUGACAUUGAGGGCCCAGAAGUGGGAGGGAGUGCCAGUAUAGAACCACUUGAGGCCCGAGCUGAUAUAGACGUUGAGGCACCUGAGCUUAAAGUAAAAGCUGGCACACCAGGUGCCGCUAUCGACAUUGAUUCACCUGAAGUGAAGGUGAAGGCAGGAAAACCAAAGUCAAAGUUUGGGUCUUGCUUCGGUAAACCAAAGAGUCCCAAAAUUGAAGGUGAAUACAAACCCGGAAAAGUAGAAUUGGAAGCACCAGAAGCCAGCGUUGGUGCUAGCAUUAGCUCUCCUGAAGCUAAGGCUGAAGUCAACAUUGAUACUCCAGAUGUGAAAGUGAAAGGAGGUAAACCAAAAGCUAAACUGGGAUCUUGCUUCGGUAAACCAAAGACUCCGAAGGUUGAAGGAGAAUAUAAACCGGGUAAACUUGAAGUUGAGGGCCCCGAGAUCAGUGUUGGGGCAAGUGUCAACACGCCUGAAGCUAAGGCAGACAUUGAUAUUGAAUCACCUGAUGUGAAAGUCAAAGGUGGAAAAGGAAUUGGAAAGCCUAAAGCCAAGUUUGGAUCAUGCUUUGGCAAACCCAAGGGAGCAGACAUAGACGCUUCCUACCAGCCUGGAGAGCUGAAGUUUGAAGGUCCUGAAGUACCAAAAGUACGAGCUGAACUUCCUUCCAUAGAAGGGAAAAUGAAAGUGGAAACACCAAAACUUGAUGUUAGUCCCUCAGUUGAAGUCGACAUUCCUAAACUACCUGAAGUGAAGGGAGGAUUUGGACUUGAUAUUGAUGUACCAAAGAUUGAGCCAUCACUGAAAAUUGAAGGUGAUAUUCCAGAUUUACCCAAAGUUGAAGCUGAACUUGGAGGCAGAGGUAAUAUUCCAGAUGUAGAGAUUGAGGGAAAAAUUCCUAAAGUUCCAGGAAUUAAGGCAGAUGUUGAUCUUGAUGGAAUAACACCUGAAGUAAGAUUUGAGGGUGAAAUACCAGAAUUACCAAAGGGAAAAGCCAGCUUGGACUUAAGUGGAGCCAUCCCAAGUGUCUCUGGAGAUAUAAAAGGAAUUGAUAUUUCACUACCAGAUAUUCCAAGUCCAAAGAUUGAAGCAGAAGUUAAAGGUGACCUGCCAUCUGUUGAGGUCCCUGAAGCCAAGAUUUCUCUGCCCUCAGGUCCCUCAUUACCAGCUGCAGAGUUUAAGGGAGAAGUUAAGGCCCCAGAGUUAUCUGGAACAGUGAAAAUGCCACAACCUGAAGUUAAGGUAAAGAAAGCCAAACUAGGCCCAUGUGCCUGUCUUGGUAAACAAGGAAAAGUGGAAAAGGAGGAGCCGUAUAUGGCUGCUGAAGUUGGAGGACAAGCUAAAGGAGAACUAAAAGGCAUUGAUGCUGGACUGGAAAUUGAAAGUGAAGGUUUGAAAGUUGAAGGUCCUGAGGCACAAGCCUCUCUCAGUGUGGAAGCUCCUGAAUUAAAGACAAAGAAAGGGAAAGUAUCAGGGAAGCCCAAAGCUUCUUUGGGAUCCUGUUUUGGUAAACCAAAGACUCCAUCUGCAAGUGGUGAAUAUGCAGCUGAUGCUGGUGUAGAAGGUUCACUUUCUAUUGAUCCCAAAAUUAAAAUUGAGGGUGAAGGUGUUGCCGGGCCCAGUGUUAGUGUUGCUCUUCCUGAAGGAAAGGCUGAUAUCGAAGUUGAUUCUCCUGAUGUGAAGGUGAAAGGAGGAAAACCCAAAGCUAAAUUGGGAUCAUGUUUUGGUAAACCCAAAAGUCCCAAAAUUGAAGGUGAAUAUAAACCAGGUAAACUUGAGGGCCCAGAGGCAAGUGUUGAGGCUACUGUCAAAGCCCCAGAAGUGAAAGGUGACAUCAGUGUUGAGUCUCCAGACGUGAAAGUGAAAGGAGGGAAACCCAAAGCUAAACUUGGAUCAUGUUUCGGUAAACCAAAAAGUCCCAAAAUUGAAGGUGAAUAUAAACCAGGCAAAGUUGACAUUGAGGGCCCAGAAGUGGGAGGGAGUGCCAGUAUAGAACCACUUGAGGCCCGAGCUGAUAUAGACGUUGAGGCACCUGAGCUUAAAGUAAAAGCUGGCACACCAGGUGCCACUAUCGACAUUGAUUCACCUGAAGUGAAGGUGAAGGCAGGAAAACCAAAGUCAAAGUUUGGGUCUUGCUUCGGUAAACCAAAGAGUCCCAAAAUUGAAGGUGAAUACAAACCCGGAAAAGUAGAAUUGGAAGCACCAGAAGCCAGCGUUGGUGCUAGCAUUAGCUCUCCUGAAGCUAAGGCUGAAGUCAGCAUUGAUACUCCAGAUGUGAAAGUGAAAGGAGGAAAACCAAAAGGUAAACUGGGUUCUUGUUUUGGUAAACCAAAGACUCCCAAGGUUGAAGGAGAAUAUAAACCGGGUAAACUUGAAGUUGAGGGCCCCGAGAUCAGUGUUGGGGCAAGUGUCAACACGCCUGAAGCUAAGGCAGACAUUGAUAUUGAUUCACCUGAUGUGAAAGUCAAAGGUGGAAAAGGAAUUGGAAAGCCUAAAGCCAAGUUUGGAUCAUGCUUUGGCAAACCCAAGGGAGCAGACAUAGACGCUUCCUACCAGCCUGGAGAGCUGAAGUUUGAAGGUCUCGAAAUACCAAAAGUACGAGCUGAACUUCCUUCCAUAGAAGGAAAAAUGAAAGUGGAAACACCAAAACUUGAUGUUAGUCCCUCAGUUGAUGUCGACAUUCCUAAACUACCUGAAGUGAAGGGAGGAUUUGGACUUGAUAUUGAUGUACCAAAGAUUGAGCCAUCACUGAAAAUUGAAGGUGAUAUUCCAGAUUUACCCAAAGUUGAAGCUGAACUUGGAGGCAGAGGUAAUAUUCCAGAUGUAGAGAUUGAGGGAAAAAUUCCUAAAGUUCCAGGAAUUAAGGCAGAUGUUGAUCUUGAUGGUAUAACACCUGAAGUAAGAUUUGAGGGUGAAAUACCAGAAUUACCAAAGGGAAAAGCCAGCUUGGACUUAAGUGGAGCCAUCCCAAGUGUCUCUGGAGAUAUAAAAGGAAUUGAUAUUUCACUACCAGAUAUUCGAAGUCCAAAGAUUGAAGCAGAAGUUAAAGGUGACCUGCCAUCUGUUGAGGUCCCUGAAGCCAAGAUUUCUCUGCCCUCAGGUCCCUCAUUACCAGCUGCAGAGUUUAAGGGAGAAGUUAAGGCCCCAGAGUUAUCUGGAACAGUGAAAAUGCCACAACCUGAAGUUAAGGUCAAGAAAGCCAAACUAGGCCCAUGUGCCUGUCUUGGUAAACAAGGAAAAGUGAAAAAGGAGGAGCCGUAUAUGGCUGCGGAAGUUGGAGGAAAAGCUAAAGGAGAACUAAAGGGUAUUGAUGCUGGACUGGAAAUUGAAAAUGAAGGUUUGAAAAUUGAAGGUCCUGAGGCACAAGCCUCUCUCAGUGUGGAAGCUCCUGAAUUAAAGACAAAGAAAGGGAAAGUAUCAGGGAAGCCCAAAGCAUCUUUGGGAUCCUGUUUUGGUAAACCAAAGACUCCAACUGCAAGUGGUGAAUAUGCAGCUGAUGCUGGUGUAGAAGGCUCACUUUCUAUUGAUCCCAAAGUUAAAAUUGAGGGUGAAGGUGUUGCCGGGCCCAGUGUUAGUGUUGCUCUUCCUGAAGGAAAGGCUGAUAUCGAAGUUGAUUCUCCCGAUGUGAAGGUGAAAGGAGGAAAACCCAAAGCUAAAUUGGGAUCAUGUUUCGGCAAACCCAAAAGUCCCAAAAUUGAAGGUGAAUAUAAACCAAGUAAACUUGAGGGCCCAGAGGCCAGUGUUGAGGCUACUGUCAAAGCCCCAGAAGUGAAAGGUGACAUCAGUGUGGAGUCUCCAGACGUGAAAGUGAAAGGAGGGAAACCCAAAGCUAAACUUGGAUCUUGUUUCGGUAAACCAAAAAGUCCCAAAAUUGAAGGUGAAUAUAAACCAGGCAAAGUUGACAUUGAGGGCCCAGAAGUGGGAGGAAGUGCCAGUAUAGAACCACUUGAGGCCCGAGCUGAUAUAGACGUUGAGGCACCUGAGCUUAAAGUAAAAGCUGGCACACCAGGUGCCACUAUCGACAUUGAUUCCCCUGAAGUGAAGGUGAAGGCAGGAAAACCAAAGUCAAAGUUUGGGUCUUGCUUCGGUAAACCAAAGAGUCCCAAAAUUGAAGGUGAAUACAAACCCGGAAAAGUAGAAUUGGAAGCACCAGAAGCCAGCGUUGGGGCUAGCAUUAGCUCUCCUGAAGCUAAGGCUGAAGUCAACAUUGAUACUCCAGAUGUGAAAGUGAAAGCAGGUAAACCAAAAGCUAAACUGGGAUCUUGUUUCGGUAAACCAAAGACUCCCAAGGUUGAAGGAGAAUACAAACCGGGUAAACUUGAAGUUGAGGGCCCCGAGAUCAGUGCUGGGGCAAGUGUCAACACACCUGAAGCUAAGGCAGACAUUGAUAUUAAAUCACCAGAUGUGAAAGUCAAAGGUGGGAAAGGAAUUGGAAAGCCUAAAGCCAAGUUUGGAUCAUGCUUUGGCAAACCCAAGGGAGCUGACAUAGACGCUUCCUACCAGCCUGGAGAGGUUAAGUUUGAAGGUCCCGAAAUACCAAAAGUACGAGCUGAAGUUCCUUCUAUAGAAGGGAAAAUGGAAGUGGAAACACCAAAACUUGAUGUUAGUCCCUCAGUUGAAGUCGACAUUCCUGAACUACCUGAAGUGAAGGGAGGAUUUGGAAUUGAUAUUGAUGUACCAAAGAUUGAGCCAUCAUUGAAAAUUGAAGGUGAUAUUCCUGAUUUACCCAAAGUUGAAGCUGAACUGGGAGGCAGAGGUAAUAUUCCAGAUGUAGAGAUUAUGGGUAAAGUUCCAGGAAUUAAGGCAGAUGUUGAUCUUGAUGGAAUAACACCUGAAGUAAGAUUUGAGGGUGAAAUACCAGAAUUACCAAAGGGAAAAGCCAGCUUGGACUUAAGUGGAGCCAUCCCAAGUGUCUCUGGAGAUAUAAAAGGAAUUGAUAUUUCACUACCAGAUAUUCCAAGUCCAAAGAUUGAAGCAGAAAUUAAAGGUGACCUGCCAUCUGUUGAGGUCCCUAAAGCCAAGAUUUCUCUGCCCUCAGGUCCCUCAUUACCAGCUGCAGAGUUUAAAGGAGAAGUUAAGGCCCCAGAGUUAUCUGGAACAGUGAAAAUGCCACAACCUGAAGUUAAGGUCAAGAAAGCCAAACUAGGCCCAUGUGCCUGUCUUGGUAAACAAGGAAAAUUGAAAAAGGAGGAGCCGUAUAUGGCUGCGGAAGUUGGAGGAAAAGCUAAAGGAGAACUAAAGGGUAUUGAUGCUGGACUGGAAAUUGAAAGUGAAGGUUUGAAAGUUGAAGGUCCUGAGGCACAAGCCUCUCUCAGUGUGGAAGCUCCUGAAUUAAAGACAAAGAAAGGGAAAGUAUCAGGGAAGCCCAAAGCAUCUUUGGGAUCCUGUUUUGGUAAACCAAAGACUCCAACUGCAAGUGGUGAAUAUGCAGCUGAUGCUGGUGUAGAAGGCUCACUUUCUAUUGAUCCCAAUAUUAGAGUUGAGGGUGAAGGUGUUGCCGGGCCCAGUGUUAGUGUUGCUCUUCCUGAAGGAAAGGCUGAGAUCGAAGUUGAUUCUCCCGAUGUGAAGGUGAAAGGAGGAAAACCCAAAGCUAAACUGGGAUCAUGUUUUGGUAAACCAAAGGGUCCCAAAAUUGAAGGUGAAUAUGAACCAGGUAAACUUGAGGGCCCAGAGGCCAGUGUUGAGGCCACUGUCAAAGCCCCAGAAGUGAAAGGUGACAUCAGUGUUGAGUCUCCAGACAUGAAAGUGAAAGGAGGGAAACCCAAAGCUAAACUUGGAUCAUGUUUCGGUAAACCAAAAAGUCCCAAAAUUGAAGGUGAAUAUAAACCAGGCAAAGUUGACAUUGAGGGCCCAGAAGUGGGAGGAAGUGCCAGUAUAGAACCACUUGAGGCCCGAGCUGACAUAGACGUUGAGGCACCUGAGCUUAAAGUAAAAGCUGGCACACCAGGUGCCACUAUCGACAUUGAUUCACCUGAAGUGAAGGUGAAGGCAGGAAAACCAAAGUCAAAGUUUGGGUCUUGCUUCGGUAAACCAAAGAGUCCCAAAAUUGAAGGUGAAUACAAACCCGGAAAAGUAGAAUUGGAAGCACCAGAAGCCAGCGUUGGUGCUAGCAUUAGCUCUCCUGAAGCUAAGGCUGAAGUCAGCAUUGAUACUCCAGAUGUGAAAGUGAAAGGAGGUAAACCAAAAGCUAAACUGGGAUCUUGUUUCGGUAAACCAAAGACUCCCAAGGUUGAAGGAGAAUAUAAACCGGGUAAACUUGAAGUUGAGGGCCCCGAGAUCAGUGCUGGGGCAAGUGUCAACACACCUGAAGCUAAGGCAGACAUUGAUAUUGAAUCACCUGAUGUGAAAGUCAAAGGUGGAAAAGGAAUUGGAAAGCCGAAAGUCAAGUUUGGAUCAUGCUUUGGCAAACCCAAGGGAGCAGACAUAGACGCUUCCUACCAGCCUGGAGAGCUGAAGUUUGAAGGUCCCGAAAUACCAAAAGUACGAGCUGAAGUUCCUUCCAUAGAAAGGAAAAUGAAAGUGGAAACACCAAAACUUGAUGUUAGUCCCUCAGUUGAAGUCGACAUUCUUAAACUACCUGAAGUGAAGGGAGGAUUUGGAGUUGAUAUUGACGUACCAAAGAUUGAGCCAUCACUGAAAAUUGAAGGUGAUAUUCCUGAUUUACCCAAAGUUGAAGCUGAACUUGGUGGCAGAGGUAAUAUUCCAGAUGUAGAGAUUGAGGGAAAAAUUCCUAAAGUUCCAGGAAUUAAGGCUGAUGUUGAUCUUGAUGGAAUAACACCUGAAGUAAGAUUUCAGGGUGAAAUACCAGAAUUACCAAAGGGAAAAGCCAGCUUGGACUUAAGUGGAGCCAUCCCAAGUGUCUCUGGAGAUAUAAAAGGAAUUGAUAUUUCACUACCAGAUAUUCCAAGUCCAAAGAUUGAAGCAGAAAUUAAAGGUGACCUGCCAUCUGUUGAGGUCCCUGAAGCCAAGAUUUCUCUGCCCUCAGGUCCCUCAUUACCAGCUGCAGAGUUUAAGGGAGAAGUUAAGGCCCCAGAGUUAUCUGGAACAGUGAAAAUGCCACAACCUGAAGUUAAGGUCAAGAAAGCCAAACUAGGCCCAUGUGCCUGUCUUGGGAAACAAGGAAAAGUGAAAAAGGAGGAGCCGUAUAUGGCUGCGGAAGUUGGAGGAAAAGCUAAAGGAGAACUAAAGGAUAUUGAUGCUGGACUGGAAAUUGAAAGUGAAGGUUUGAAAGUUGAAGGUCCUGAGGCACAAGCCUCUCUCAGUGUGGAAGCUCCUGAAUUAAAGACAAAGAAAGGGAAAGUAUCAGGGAAGCCCAAAGCUUCUUUGGGAUCCUGUUUUGGUAAACCAAAGACUCCAACUGCAAGUGGUGAAUAUGAAGCUGAUGCUGGUGUAGAAGGCUCACUUUCUAUUGAUCCCAAAGUUAAAGUUGAGGGUGAAGGUGUUGCCGGGCCCAGUGUUAGUGUUGCUCUUCCUGAAGGAAAGGCUGAGAUCGAAGUUGAUUCUCCCGAUGUGAAGGUGAAAGGAGGAAAACCCAAAGCUAAAUUGGGAUCAUGUUUCGGCAAACCCAAAAGUCCCAAAAUUGAAGGUGAAUAUAAACCAAGUAAACUUGAGGGCCCAGAGGCCAGUGUUGAGGCUACUGUCAAAGCCCCAGAAGUGAAAGGUGACAUCAGUGUUGAGUCUCCAGACGUGAAAGUGAAAGGAGGGAAACCCAAAGCUAAACUUGGAUCAUGUUUCGGUAAACCAAAAAGUCCCAAAAUUGAAGGUGAAUAUAAACCAGGCAAAGUUGACAUUGAGGGCCCAGAAGUGGGAGGAAGUGCCAGUAUAGAACCACUUGAGGCCCGAGCUGAUAUAGACGUUGAGGCACCUGAGCUUAAAGUAAAAGCUGGCACACCAGGUGCCACUAUCGACAUUGAUUCACCUGAAGUGAAGGUGAAGGCAGGAAAACCAAAAGCUAAGUUACCUUCUUGCUUCGGUAAACCAAAGAGUCCUGAAAUUGAAGGUGAAUACAAACCCGGAAAAGUAGAAUUGGAAGCACCAGAAGCCAGCGUUGGUGCUAGCAUUAGCUCUCCUGAAGCUAAGGCUGAAGUCAACAUUGAUACUCCAGACGUGAAAGUGAAAGGAAGUAAACCAAAAGGUAAACUGGGAUCUUGUUUCGGUAAACCAAAGACUCCCAAGGUUGAAGGAGAAUAUAAACCGGGUAAACUUGAAGUUGAGGGCCCCGAGAUCAGUGUUGGGGCAAGUGUCAACACACCUGAAGCUAAGGCAGACAUUGAUAUUGAAUCACCUGAUGUGAAAGUCAAAGGUGGAAAAGGAAUUGGAAAGCCGAAAGUCAAGUUUGGAUCAUGCUUUGGCAAACCCAAGGGAGCAGACAUAGACGCUUCCUACCAGCCUGGAGAGCUGAAGUUUGAAGGUCCCGAAAUACCAAAAGUACGAGCUGAAGUUCCUUCCAUAGAAGGGAAAAUGAAAGUGGAAACACCAAAACUUGAUGUUAGUCCCUCAGUUGAAGUCGACAUUCCUAAACUACCUGAAGUGAAGGGAGGAUUUGGAGUUGAUAUUGACGUACCAAAGAUUGAGCCAUCACUGAAAAUUGAAGGUGAUAUUCCUGAUUUACCCAAAGUUGAAGCUGAACUUGGAGGCAAAGGUAAUAUUCCAGAUGUAGAGAUUAUGGGUAAAGUUCCAGGAAUUAAGGCUGAUGUUGAUCUUGAUGGAAUAACACCUGAAGUAAGAUUUGAGGGUGAAAUACCAGAAUUACCAAAGGGAAAAGCCAGCUUGGACUUAAGUGGAGCCAUCCCAAGUGUCUCUGGAGAUAUAAAAGGAAUUGAUAUUUCACUACCAGAUAUUCCAAGUCCAAAGAUUGAAGCAGAAAUUAAAGGUGACCUGCCAUCUGUUGAGGUCCCUGAAGCCAAGAUUUCUCUGCCUUCAGGUCCCUCAUUACCAGCUGCAGAGUUUAAGGGAGAAGUUAAGGCCCCAGAGUUAUCUGGGACAGUGAAAAUGCCACAACCUGAAGUUAAGGUCAAGAAAGCCAAACUAGGCCCAUGUGCCUGUCUUGGUAAACAAGGAAAAUUGAAAAAGGAGGAGCCGUAUAUGGCUGCUGAAGUUGGAGGACAAGCUAAAGGAGAACUAAAAGGUAUUGAUGCUGGACUGGAAAUUGAAAGUGAAGGUUUGAAAGUUGAAGGUCCUGAGGCACAAGCCUCUCUCAGUGUGGAAGCUCCUGAGUUAAAGACAAAGAAAAUGAAAGUAUCAGGGAAGCCCAAAGCAUCUUUGGGAUCCUGUUUUGGUAAACCAAAGACUCCAACUGCAAGUGGUGAAUAUGCAGCUGAUGCUGGUGUAGAAGGCUCACUUUCUAUUGAUCCCAAAAUUAAAGUUGAGGGUGAAGGUGUUGCCGGGCCCAGUGUUAGUGUUGCUCUUCCGGAAGGAAAGGCUGAGAUGGAAGUUGAUUCUCCCGAUGUGAAGGUGAAAGGAGGAAAACCCAAAGCUAAACUGGGAUCAUGUUUCGGAAAACCCAAAAGUCCCACUAUUGAAGGUGAAUAUAAACCAGGUAAACUUGAGGGCCCAGAGGCAAGUUUUGAGGCUACUGUCAAAGCCCCAGAAGUAAAAGGUGACAUCAGUGUUGAGUCUCCAGACGUGAAAGUGAAAGGAGGGAAACCCAAAGCUAAACUUGGAUCAUGUUUCGGUAAACCAAAAAGUCCCAAAAUUGAAGGUGAAUAUAAACCAGGCAAAGUUGACAUUGAGGGCCCAGAAGUGGGAGGGAGUGCCAGUAUAGAACCACUUGAGGCCCGAGCUGAUAUAGACGUUGAGGCACCUGAGCUUAAAGUAAAAGCUGGCACACCAGGUGCCACUAUCGACAUUGAUUCACCUGAAGUGAAGGUGAAGGCAGGAAAACCAAAAGCUAAGUUACCUUCUUGCUUCGGUAAACCAAAGAGUCCUGAAAUUGAAGGUGAAUACAAACCCGGAAAAGUAGAAUUGGAAGCACCAGAAGCCAGCGUUGGUGCUAGCAUUAGCUCUCCUGAAGCUAAGGCUGAAGUCAACAUUGAUACUCCAGAUGUGAAAGUGAAAGGAGGUAAACCAAAAGCUAAACUGGGAUCUUGCUUUGGUAAACCAAAGACUCCGAAGGUUGAAGGAGAAUAUAAACCGGGUAAACUUGAAGUUGAGGGCCCCGAGAUCAGUGUUGGGGCAAGUGUCAACACGCCUGAAGCUAAGGCAGACAUUGAUAUUGAAUCACCUGAUGUGAAAGUCAAAGGUGGAAAAGGAAUUGGAAAGCCUAAAGCCAAGUUAGGGUCAUGCUUUGGCAAACCCAAGGGAGCAGACAUAGACGCUUCCUACCAGCCUGGAGAGCUUAAGUUUGAAGGUCCUGAAAUACCAAAAGUACGAGCUGAAGUUCCUUCCAUAGAAGGAAAAAUGAAAGUGGAAACACCAAAACUUGAUGUUAGUCCCUCAGUUGAAGUCGACAUUCCUAAACUACCUGAAGUGAAGGGAGGAUUUGGAGUUGAUAUUGAUGUACCAAAGAUUGAGCCAUCGCUGAAAAUUGAAGGUGAUAUUCCAGAUUUACCCAAAGUUGAAGCUGAACUUGGAGGCAGAGGUAAUAUUCCAGAUGUAGAGGUUAAAGGAAAAAUUCCUAAAGUUCCAGGAAUUAAGGCAGAUGUUGAUCUUGAUGGAAUAACACCUGAAGUAAGAUUUGAGGGUGAAAUACCAGAAUUACCAAAGGGAAAAGCCAGCUUGGACUUAAGUGGAGCCAUCCCAAGUGUCUCUGGAGAUAUAAAAGGAAUUGAUAUUUCACUACCAGAUAUUCCAAGUCCAAAGAUUGAAGCAGAAAUUAAAGGUGACCUGCCAUCUGUUGAGGUCCCUGAAGCCAAGAUUUCUCUGCCCUCAGGUCCCUCAUUACCAGCUGCAGAGUUUAAGGGAGAAGUUAAGGCCCCAGAGUUAUCUGAAACAGUGAAAAUGCCACAACCUGAAGUUAAGGGCAAGAAAACUAAUCUUGGGUCUUGUUUUGGGAAACCUAAGGUUCCAGUAGAAGGUGAAUAUAGCCUUGGAGUAGUUGAUUCUAAGGUUCCACGUGCAAGGGUUACUGCAGGUACAGAGGGUGACAUAAGUAUUGAGUCCCCUGAUAUGAAGGUUAAAGGACCAAAAGGUAAAAUUGGAUCAUAUUUUGGUAAAGCUAAGAGUCCCAAGGCUAAAGGAGAAUAUUCCCCAACCAAAGCACAGCUGGAAGGAGCAACAGUCAGUGGAAACGAGAGCAUCAGACCCCUUGAAGUUGAUGCUGAUUUUCAGGUUGAAACGCCACAACUGGAAUUAAAAUCAGAAAAACCAAAAGCAAAGUUAGGAUCUUGUUUCGGUAAACCAAAAGGUCCUAAGAUUGAAGGCGAAUAUAAAUCCGGCAAAGUUGAAGGCCCAAAAGUUGAAGGGGAGUAUAAACUAGGAAAAGUUGAAUUUGAAGGUCCAGACGUUAGUGGGAGCGCAAGUACCAUGUCUCCAGAAACUAAGGCUGACAUUGACGCUAAACUUGACCUUAAGGGAAAAGCAGCUAAACCAAAGGCUAAAUUGGGGUCGUGUUUUGGAAAACCUAAGACUCACAAUGUGGAAUAUGAAUAUCAACCUGGGGAGGUUAACAUAGAAGGCCCUGAAGUCAGUGUCAAAUAUCCGGAAGGGGAUGUAUCAGAUUUACCGAAGUUACCCGAUGUAGAUAUAGCAGCGAAAGCCCCUGUCCCUCCAUCUCGUCGAGGUAAAGUAAGAGCAAAAGCAGAAAUCCCUGGCUUUAACAUUGGGGGCAAGGUUCCAGGGUAUGAUGCCAAUAUUGACUUAAAAUCAAAUGUUCCAGAUGUUUUAGUAGGAACGGAAAUCCCCACAAUUGGCGGCGAAGUCGAUUAUAGUUUGAAUGGUCUUACCACAAAACUUGCAGUUGAUGAGCCUGGAUUUGGUGGAGAAUUUGACUUGAAAACUGAAAUUCCCAAAGUAAGUGGUGGUGUAGACAUUAAUGGCUAUGACAGUAAUAUAAAUUUAAAUACAAACUUUCCAAAGGCGAGAGUAGGAGCACAUAUUCCAGGCUACGAGCAAAACUUUGAUAGAAAAACAGAUGUAAAGGGCAAUGUUGACAUAACAGGAAUUGGAGGCAAAUUUGACAUAACAUCUGAUGUCCCAGAUAUCAAAGGUGUUGGUGAUAUUACAGGAUUUGGCGGUAAAAUUAGCCUAAAAACUGAUGUUCCAGAUAUCAAAGGAAAUGCUGAUAUUCCUGGAUUUGGAGACAAAAUUACCUUAAAAACUGAUGUUCCAGAUAUCAGAGGCAGUGCAGAUAUUCCAGGAUUUGGAGGUAAAAUUGAUUUGAAGACUGAUAUUCCAGAUGUAAAUGGCAGUGCUGAUAUUCCAGGAUUUGGAGGAAAAUAUGCAAUAAAAACUGAUCUUCCAGAUAUCAAGGGAAACAUCAAUAUUCCAGGAUUUGGUGGCAAAUUUGGUAUGACAAGUGAUGUUCCAGAUAUUAAGGGAAAUGCUGAUGCUCCAGGAUUUGAAGGAAAAAUUGGCUUGAAAACUGAUAUUCCAGACAUUAAAGGCAGUGCUGGUAUUCCUGGAUUUGGAAACAAAUAUGGCUUGACGGCUGACGUUCCAGAUGUCAAGGGAAGCGUUGAUAUUCCAGGAUUUGGACCCAAAAUUAGUCUGAAAACCGAUAUUCCGGAAAUUAAAGGCGGUGCUAACAUUCCUGGAUUUGGAGGCAAAUUUGGCUUGAAAACCGAAAUUCCUGAUAUCAAAGGCAGUGCUGAUAUACCUGAAUAUAGAAGCAAAUUUGGUUUGACAACUGAUGCUCCAGAUAUCAAAGGAAGUGCAGAUAUUCCUGGAUUUGAAGGUAAGAUUGGCAUGGAAACUGAGAGUCCAGAUAUUACAGACAAAGCCGGUUUUCCUGGAUUUGGAGGCAAAUUUGGCUUAACAGCUAACGUUCCAGAAAUCAAGGGUAGUGCUAAUAUUCCGAGAUUUGGAGGCAAAUUUGAUAUGAAGACUGAUAUUCCAGACAUCAAAGGAAGUGCUGAUAUUCCAGACAUCAAAGGAAGUGCUGAUAUUCCAGACAUCAAAGGAAGUGCUGAUAUUCCAAGAUUUGGAGGAAAAAUUGGCUUGACAACUGAUAUUCCAGACAUCAAAGGAAGUGCUGAUAUUCCAGGAUUUGGAGGAAAAUAUGGCUUGACAACUGAUAUUCCAGACAUCAAAGGAAGUGCUGAUAUUCCUGGAUUUGGAGGAAAAAUUGACUUAAAAGCUGAUGUUCCAGAUAUCAAAGGAAGUGCAGAUAUUCCUGGAUUUGGAGGCAAAAUUGGAUUAACAACUAAUGUUCCGGACAUCAAAGGAAGUGCUGAUAUUCCAGGAUUUGGAGGAAAAAUUGGUUUAAAAGCUGAUGUUCCAGAUAUCAAAGGAAGUGGAGAUAUUCCUGGAUUUGGAGGAAAAAUUGGAUUAACAACUGAUGUUCCAGACAUUAAAGGAAGUGCUGAUAUUCCUGGAUUUGGAGGAAAAAUUGGCUUAAAAGCUGAUGUUCCAGAUAUCAAAGGAAGUGCUGAUAUUCCAAGAUUUGGAGGCAAAAUUGGCUUGACAACUGAUAUUCCAGACAUCAAAGGAAGUGCUGAUAUUCCAAGAUUUGGAGGAAAAAUUGGCUUGACAACUGAUAUUCCAGACAUCGAAGGCAGUGCUGAUAUUCCUCGAUUUGGAGGCAAAAUCGGCUUAAAAGCUGAUGUUCCAGAUAUCAAAGGCAGUGCAGAUAUUCCUGGAUUUGGAAGCAAAAUUGGCUUAAAAGCUGAUGUUCCAGAUAUCAAAGGAAUUGGAGAUAUUCCAGGAUUUGGAGGCAAAAUUGGAUUAACAACUGAUGUUCAAGACAUCAAAGGAAGUGCUGAUAUUCCAGGAUUUGGAGGAAAAAUUGGCUUAAAAGCUGACGUUCCAGAUAUCAAAGGAAGUGCUGAUAUUCCAGGAUUUGGAGGCAAAAUUGGAUUAACAACUGAUGUUCCAGACAUUAAAGGAAGUGCUGAUAUUCCUGGAUUUGGAGGAAAAAUUGGCUUAAAAGCUGAUAUUCCAGAUAUCAAAGGCAGUGCUGAUAUUCCAGGAUUUGGAGGAAAAAUUGGAUUAACAACUGAUAUUCCAGACAUCAAAGGAAGUGCUGAUAUUCCAAGAUUUGGAGGAGAAAUUGACUUGCCAACUGAUAUUCCAGACAUCAAAGGAAGUGCUAAUAUUCCAGGAUUUGGAGGCAAAAUUGGCUUAAAAGCUGAUGUUCCAGAUAUCAAAGGAAGUGCUAAUAUUCCAGGAUUUGGAGACAAAAUUGGCUUGGAAACCGAUGUUCCAAAUAUCAAAGGCAGUGCAGAUAUUCCUGGAUUUGGAGGCAAAAUUGGCUUGAAAGCUGAUGUUCCAGAUAUCAAAGGAAGUGCUGAUAUUCCAGGAUUUGGAGGAAAAAUUGGAUUAAAAGCUGAUGUUCCAGAUAUCAAAGGAAGUGCAGAUAUUCCUGGAUUUGGAGGCAAAAUUGGAUUAACAACUGAUGUUCCAGACAUCAAAGGAAGUGCUGAUAUUCCAGGAUUUGGAGGAAAAAUUGGCUUAAAACCUGAUGUUCCAGAUAUCAAAGGCAGUGCUGAUAUUCCAGGAUUUGGAGGAAAAAUUGGAUUAAAAGCUGAUGUUCCAGAUAUCAAAGGAAGUGCAGAUAUUCCAGGAUUUGGAGGCAAAAUUGGAUUAACAACUGAUAUUCCAGACAUCAAAGGAAGUGCUGAUAUUCCAGGAUUUGGAGGAAAAAUUGGCUUAAAAGCUGAUAUUCCAGACAUCAAAGGAAGUGCUGAUAUACCAAGAUUUGGAGGAGAAAUUGACUUGCCAACUGAUAUUCCAGACAUCAAAGGAAGUGCUAAUAUUCCAGGAUUUGGAGGCAAAAUUGGCUUAAAAGCUGAUGUUCCAGAUAUCAAAGGAAGUGCAGAUAUUCCUGGAUUUGGAGGCAAAAUUGGAUUAACAACUGAUGUUCCAGACAUCAAAGGAAGUGCUGAUAUUCCAGGAUUUGGAGGAAAAAUUGGCUUAAAGGCUGAUGUUCCAGAUAUCAAAGGCAGUGCUGAUAUUCCAGGAUUUGGAGGAAAAAUUGGUUUAACAACUGAUGUUCCAGACAUCAAAGAAAGUGUUGAUAUUCCAGGAUUUGGAGGAAAAAUUGGAUUAACAACUGAUAUUCCAGACAUCAAAGGAAGUGCUGAUAUUCCAAGAUUUGGAGGAGAAAUUGACUUGCCAACUGAUAUUCCACACAUCAAAGGAAGUGCAGAUAUUCCAGGAUUUGGAGGCAAAAUUGGCUUGGAAACCGAUGUUCCAAAUAUCAAAGGCAGUGCAGAUAUUCCUGGAUUUGGAGGCAAAAUUGGCUUAAAAGCUGAUGUUCCAGAUAUCAAAGGCAGUGCAGAUAUUCCAGGAUUUGGAGGAAAAAUUGGCUUAAAAGCUGAUGUUCCAGAUAUCAAAGGCAGUGCAGAUAUUCCUGGAUUUGGAGGCAAAAUUGGCUUGGAAACCGAGGUUCCAGAUAUCAAAGGCAGUGCAGAUAUUCCUGGAUUUGGAGGCAAAAUUGGCUUAAAAGCUGAUGUUCCAGAUAUCAAAGGCAGUGCAGAUAUUCCUGGAUUUGGAGGCAAAAUUGGCUUGGAAACCGAUGUUCCAGAUACCAAAGGAGGUGCUGAUAUUCCAAGAUUUGGAGGAAAAAUUGGCUUGAGAACUGAUAUUCCAGACAUCAAAGGAAAUGCUGAUAUUCCAGGAUUUGGAGGAAAAAUUGGAUUAACAACUGAUAUUCCAGACAUCAAAAGAAGUGCUGAUAUUCCAGGAUUAGGAGGAAAAUGUGGCUUGACAGCUGAUAUUCCAGACAUCAAAGGAAGUGCUGAUAUUGCAGGCUUUGGAGGUAAAAUUGGCUUGGAAACCGAUGUUCCAGAUAUCAAAGGCAGUGCAAAAAUUCCUGGAUUUGGAGGCAAAAUUGGCUUGGAAACCGAGGUUCCAGAUAUCAAAGGCAGUGCAGAUUUUCCUGGAUUUGGAGGCAAAAUUGGCUUAAAAGCUGAUGUUCCAGAUAUCAAAAGCAGUACAGAUAUUUCUGGAUUUGGAGGCAAAAUUGGCUUGGAAACCGAUGUUCCAGAUAUCAAAGGAGGUGCUGAUAUUCCAAGAUUUGGAGGAAAAAUUGGCUUGACAACUGAUAUUCCAGACAUCAAAGGAAGUGCUGAUAUUCCAGGAUUUGGAGGAAUAUGUGGCUUGACAACUGAUAUUCCAGACAUCAAAGGCAGUGCUGAUAUUCUAGAAUUUGGAGGCAAAAUUGGCUUGGAAACCGAUGUUCCAGAUAUCAAAGGCAGUGCAGAUAUUCCUGGAUUUGGAGGCAAAAUCGGCUUAAAAGCAGAUGUUCCAGAUAUCAAAGGCAGUGCAAAUUUUCCUGGAUUUGGAGGCAAAAUUGGGUUAAAAGCUGAUGUUCCAGAUAUCAAAGGAAGUGCUAAUAUUCCAGGAUUUGGAGGCAAAAUUGGCUUGGCAACCGAUAUUCCAAAUAUCAAAGGCAGCGCUGGUAUUCCUGAAGUUGGAGGCAAAAUUGGUUUGACAACUGACGUUCCAGAAAUCAAGAGCAGUGCUGAGAUUCCAGGAUUUGGAAGCAAAAUUGAUUUCAAGACUAAUGUUCCAGAUAUCAAAGGAAGUGCUGAUAUUCCAGGAUUUGGAGGAAAAGUUGGCUUGACAACUGAUAUUCCAGACAUCAAAGGAAGUUCUGAUAUUCCAGGAUUUGGAGGAAAAAUUGGUUUAAAAGCUGAUGUUCCAGACAUCAAAGGAAGUGCUGAUAUUCCAGGAUUUGGUGGAAAAAUUGGCUUGACAACUGAUAUUCCAGACAUUAAAGGAAGUGCUGAUAUUCCAGAAUUUGGAGGAAAAAUUGGCUUGACAACUGAUAUUCCAGACAUCAAAGGAAGUGCUGAUAUUCCAGGAUUUGGAGGAAAAAUUGGCUUAAAAGCUGAUGUUCCAGACAUCAAAGGAAGUGCUGAUAUUCCAGGAUUUGGAGGAAAAAUUGGCUUGACAACUGAUAUUCCAGACAUCAAAAGCAGUGCUGAUAUUCCAGGAUUUGGAGGAAAAAUUGGCUUAAAAGCUGAUGUUCCAGACAUCAAAGGAAGUGCUGAUAUUCCAGGAUUUGGUGGAAAAAUUGGCUUGACAACUGAUAUUCCAAACAUUAAAGGAAGUACUGAUAUUCAAGAAUUUGGAGGAAAAAUUGGCUUGACAACUGAUAUUCCAGACAUCAAAGGAAGUGCUGAUAUUCCAGGAUUUGGAGGAAAAAUUGGCUUAAAAGCUGAUGUUCCAGACAUCAAAGGAAGUGCUGAUAUUCCAGGAUUUGGUGGAAAAAUUGGCUUGACAACUGAUAUUCCAGACAUCAAAGGAAGUGCUGAUAUUCCAGGAUUUGGAGGCAAAAUUGGCUUGGAAACCGAUGUUUCAGAUGUCAAAGGCAGUGCAGAUAUUCCUGGAUUUGGAGGUAAAAUUGGCUUAAAAGCUGAUGUUCCAGAUAUCAAAGGCAGCGCUAGUAUUCCUGAAGUUGGAGGCAAAAUUGGCUUGAAAACUGACGUCCCAGAAAUCAAGAGCAGUACUGAUAUUUCUGGAUUUGAAAGCAAAAUUGAUUUCAAGACUGAUGUUCCAGACAUCAAAGGCAGAGCUGAUAUUCCAGGUUUUGAAAGUAAAUUUGGUUUGAAGACCGAUAGUCCUGACACUGGAGGCAUUUCUGAUAUUUCUGGAUUUGGAGGCAAAAUUGGCAUAAAAGCUGAUGUUCCCGAUAUCAAAGGCAGCGCUAGUAUUCCUGAAGUUGGAGGAAAAAUUGGUUUGACAGGUGACAUCCCAAAAGUCAAGGGCAGCGCUGUUGUUCCAGGACUUAGAGGCAAAAUUGAUUUGAAAACUGAUACUCCGGACGUGAAAGGAAUUGCUGAUAUUCCGGGAUUUGAAGGCAAAUUUGACUUGGAAACUGAUGUUCCAGAUAUCAAAGGCAGUUCUGGUAUUCCUAGAUUUUUAGGGAAAUUUGGGUUGAAAACUGAUUUUCCAGACAUUAAAGGAAGUGCUGAUGUUCCAGGAUUUGGAGGAGAAAUUGGCUUGAAAACAGAUAUUCCAGAUAUCAAAGGUACUGCCGAUAUUCCAGGAUUUGGAAGUAAAAUUAGCAUGAAAACUGAUAUUCCAGAUAUCGAAGGCAGUGCUGAGAUUCCAGAUUUUGUUGGUAAAAUAGGCUUUUCAACAGAUGUUCCUGAGGUAAAAGACAACGCAGAUAUUCCUAGUUUUAAUAAGCCUGACUUAAAGAUUGACGUUCCAAACAUCAAAGGUGGGGUCGAAGUUCCAGGAAUUAGUGACACAGUUUCCUUAAAAACUGAUAUUUCAAAUAUCGAAGGCUGUGUUAAUAUUCCUAGAUUUGGAGGAAAAAUUGACCUGAUAGCUGAUGUUCCAGAUUCUAGUGAUAGUACAAAUAUUCCUGGAUUUGGAGACAAAUUUGAUGUGAAAGCUUAUGAAUCAUCAGAAUUUGAAGACAAAAUUAAGAUGUCAGAUGCCCCAAACGUCAAGGGCAGUACCGUUUUUCCAGGAUUUGGAGUGAAAACUGAUAUAAAAUCUAGUAUUCCAGUACUGAAAGGCAGAACAGAUGUUCCUGGAGCUUUGGGUAAAGUUGAAUUUAAAUCAGAUAUAUCAGGUUAUAAGGGACAUCUCGGCGACGACAGUACUCUUUCUGGUGAUGAUGAUGACGAAGAAUCUCAUGUCAAGGAAACACUAAACACUGGGGAAUUUAAAACAAAAAUACCAUCAUUCAGCAUCAAGUCAUGGGCACCAGAGCCUUCAGUCCCUCUGUCACUCGCAGUUAAUAUUCCUGAAACGAAGCUUGGGACAGCAACAGAGUCUGCUAAACUCGAUCAGAGCUUUGGUGUUCCUGACACUGAUGUAAGUGUUAGUGGACGUGGCUCCAGGAAGAAAAGGAGAAGUGGAUGGAAGAAAGACAAAGCAGAUGUAAAGACUGAAGAAGACGUUGAAGACGAAAAAUCAUCGGAUGCUCGAAGUAAGUCUGGCGGUGGAGCACCAGACUAUACUACUCAUGUGAAGUUUGGUUCUGCUGUACCUUCUGUAACACCACACGAAGGAGGUACUGACAUUACUGCCAAUCUGCCAGAUGUAACAGUAAAAAGCAAAAUACCUAGAUUCACUGGAGUUGUAAGUACAGAGGAGGUGCCAUGUGUGGACUCCACUCACCCGGGUUACCCAAUAGUCAGUAGUUCGGCUAGUCAGGAUUCUAAGGCCGAAAUUAGUGGAAUCCCCGUGCUGAGUGGACGUCUUCCAGAAGCUUAUUUACCACAGGGAGUAGGGGUCUUACAGGGAAACAUUCCAACCACAACAGUCCAGUCUAGUGCACCUCCCAUUGGAUGGGUUAUACCAGCACCAACUGGAUGGGUAAUGCCACCACCUACUUCACAAACUAUUAGUCAGAGGAUUGUAGUUAGAGAUGGACAGCCAUUUACUCAAGAAAUAGUAUUACCACACACACAACUUGCUAGUGACUUAGCGCCAGGGCAAGUAGACUUUUCACACAGUGUUGUGUCAGACGGGUCAGUUCCUCAUAGCGUUAGUAGAGAGUACACAAUAUCCACAGAACAAGAGCGAGCCCAAGAUGUCGAGUCUUAUAUUAAGGGUAAAUUGGGUCCAUUUAAAAUUACUCCCGAAAGAACAGUGAUCGGAAGUAAAACAGAGACGAUAAUUGAAGGUCCUGGCGAUGCAGCCCCCAGCAGGUCUGGGGAGCAGCGGAUCCAGGGCCUGGGGUCAGACCCCGCAGGGGAGUGGGUCAUGGGCCCCUAUUCUUACCAAGUAAGAAUGGAAACGGAUUCAGAAGGUAAAAUAAUAAGAGAACCUGAGGUUAGCGAUGUACAUGGAAGACUGUUGACGGGGGGCGAGGCAGACUCGCGAGGAAGUAAACAGUCUCGAACAGUGUUUGUGACGGAAGAUGCUGGAGGAAGGGUAGUGGUUCACAGAAGAAUGGAACCUUCAAGCACUUCCUUACCAAAGACAGACAGCCAUACAGUGGUAACUCAGGAACUUCCAUCAACCAUUACGUCAACCGUGACUACCAGUGAAUGGCCACCGAAGAGCAUCACAACACAAAGAACUGUUCGGGUUAGGAAAAUUAGGAAAAUCAAAGUUGGCGAUGGACCCGAGGAAACGGUUGUUGAAAGUGAAUACGAGACAAUACCUGGCCAGGAAGAACCUUUCAGAAUUGAAGGUUUUGAUGAGAGUGGGGCUCUGCGAAUCACACCGGGGGCAGAGCAAGAUUUGUCACACCUGCCGCCUGAACUUAGAGAAAGCUCUCUACUCCGCUUUGGUCUCGGCCAAAGGGAGACACCCGGAGAAGCACACCAAACCGUUCAAACAACUGUCAGAAGAAUACCAGAUGAAGAGCUCGGUGCGCUUCUUCCCGAAGGAUUUGACGAAAAUAUCCAUAAAGUUAUGGGCGCGACGACGACAACAACAACAGUGCGGAAAGUCAAGGUAAUAAAAAGGGACGAAAGCGGAAAUAUUAUCGAAUACGAAGACGACAGCGGGGACCUGAGUAUCCUGCCCCCUGACCUGACCUCCGGAGGUGUCACUACCACCACCAAAACCACCGACGGAGGAACGACCACGACCACGACCACACGAGUCAUAAGACGAGUGAUUACAGGUGAGCUGACAGACGACGGCCUCAUAGAGGCUGCGGUGGUCAGCGAGCGUGAGGGCGGAGUAGUGAGGGAAGGAGAGGCCCAGACUUCUGCCUCUCACAGAACACAAAAGCUGACCAACUUCUUCAAGAUGGGUGUGCAGGAUGGAGCAGGUGUGGUGACGCAGGAGCCCCAGGCCCAAGUGUACAGCUCUGCUCCUUUGACCAGCUCCAUCAGUUCUCCACCAAACUCUGAAAUCAAGGAAACCAGUGUGCCCAAGGUGGGCACUGGAGCAGGGAUUGGCUUUGCCCAGCAACAGCCCCAGGUUCGAGUGCUCACCCUGAACCAUGGAGACCAUCUUGACACAACACUCUUCCGCUUGCAAAAAGGAUGGGUCCUCCAGCUCCGUCCAGGUCCAUCACUGCUGGGGAGAAUUGUGAAUGUCUACACCAACCAUCCAGAAGAUAUAGAAGAAGGCUUCUCUCGAACCUGUUAUAGACGCCUCCAAUGGAAGAGCGACUCACGUAAUAAGGGUGAUGACACGGCACUAUAUGUUGAAGUUAUCAUUGUGAUGGCUGGAUCCUUCCACUAUUACUUCACCUACGAGGAUGGUGAGGACCGGGAGAAGGCUCAAGGCUCUGGCUUCUUCCUCGUGGACCCAACUCUGACAGUUGGCCUAAAUGAUGAAGUGUUGAACCAAGAUUGCAUUCAGUGCCAAACAGUAUUGUCAAAAUGUCUAGGACCUUUACCAGAUUGGGAACAAAGACUGCAAGUAGCCUAUGAAACUGGCUACAACAUGAUUCACUUCACACCUGUUCAGGAACUUGGCGAGUCCAAUUCAUCAUACUCUCUCAAGGACCAGCACAGCCUUAACACAGAGUUCCACACUCCUGACCACCAGUAUAGCUUUGAUGAUGUUGAAGCCGUCGUGAAAAAGAUGAAGGAAGAAUGGAAGAUGUUGUCUCUGACUGAUGUGGUGCUGAACCACACAGCAAAUGAUUCCCCGUGGCUUCAAGACCACGCUGAGGCCACGUACAACUGUAGCAACUGUCCCUAUCUCCGUCCCGCAUACCUCCUAGAUCGUGUUCUCUAUCAUAUGACUCUUGAAGUUGCUGAAGGAAAAUGGGAACAUCAAGGUAUUCCAGUAGCUAUCAGAGAAGAAAAACACAUUGAAGCCAUAAAAAAUGCAUUGCAUAGCCACUUCCUACCUCAAGUAAAGCUUCACGAGUUCUAUACUUUGGAUGUAAGCAAGAUUGUUGACGAAUUUCGUCGUAGAAUCUCUGGACCAGUCCCCUUCACUAAGAAACAUGCUGAUGGAACCUCAAAAGAAACAUUGGUGAUCAUUCAGGACCAACAGUAUGGAAGAAAAACGUGUACAAUUGAUAUGAAUAUUGCAAUUAGACUCUACAAUAUGCCCAGUGAGUCGAAUGUGAAGACCCUCCAGGGUAGUGGACCUGAAGCCAAUGAUGAGGAAGAUCGCAUUAUGCGUUGCUGUGCCGAGCUCCGUAAACAUCUGGAAAACCUCAAUGGGCAGCGCACGAGUGAGAUACAGGCACACCUCAUCCAGGCUGUUGAGUGUUGUCUGGGCACUAUUCGAUACCAGCGACUACAACCUGAUGGGCCAAUGAUUGCCGAGGUAUCCGAAGAGAAUCCUUUAGUUCCUCCAUACUUCACCCAUUAUGGCAAGGACACAACCCUGGAGGAAGAAGAGGCCUUAAUGUUUGGCCCAAAUGCUUGCUUUUUGAUGGCCCACAAUGGCUGGGUCAUAGGGGACGAUCCAUUAAAAAAUUUUGCAAGAAAAGAAUCGUAUGUUUACUUGAGGAGAGAACUGGUUGCUUGGGGCGACAGUGUUAAACUUAGGUAUGGAGAUCAGCCUGAAGAUUCUCCCUAUUUGUGGGAUCAUAUGAAACGUUACUGCGAACAUACUGCACAAAUUUUCCAUGGUAUUCGUUUGGACAAUUGCCACUCCACACCAAUUAAUGUUGCUGAGUAUAUGUUGGAUGCAGCAAGAAAAGUUCGGCCAGACCUGUACGUUAUUGCAGAGCUUUUCACCAAUUCUGAUCUCACGGACAACAUUUUCAUAAAUCGCUUGGGAAUCAACUCACUAAUUCGAGAGGCUAUGUCGGCCCCCAACUCUCAUGAAGAGGGUCGUCUUGUUUAUCGUUAUGGAGGAGAACCUGUUGGUGCUUUCCUUCUGCCACCAGUUCGGCCUCUGGUACCUUCCAUAGCUCAUGCUAUGUUCUUAGAUGUGACGCAUGAUAACCGCAGUCCUGCAGAGGUGCGCACAGCUUGGGAUAUGUUGCCAUCUACUGCUCUAGUCAGUAUGGCCUGUUGUGCUUCAGGAUCUAACAGAGGUUAUGAUGAGCUUGUUCCACAUCAUAUUCACGUGGUAGAUGAGACGCGAGUGUAUUCAGCCUGGAAUGACUCUAACCCAUCUCGGGGAGAGGUCAAUAUUAAGAGUGGGAUUAUUGAAUGCAAAAAGCUACUAAAUAAACUUCAUUAUGACAUGGGGGCUAAUGGAUAUUAUCAGGUAUUUGUGGACCAGGUGACGGAGCAUGUGGUGACAGUGACCCGCCACAACCCAGUCACCCACCAGAGUGUUGUGUUGGUGGCAUACACGGCUUUCAAACCACCAUCACAAAUCCGUGACUCCUCUAUCAGGCCUCUAAAAGUGCAGGGCCGUUUGGAAGAGAUAAUUUUUGAAAUGCAAGUCAAAGGAAAGAAGGCGAGUGAUGAAGACAAAAACAUUCCUGGACUCUUCACAAAUGAUUCGGAAUACAUUAAUGGAAUAACUGGAUUUACUGUGGAGGUGAAGGAACGCGUGUCACCCAGUCAGUCAAGUAUGGUACGGGUGACUUCGGGCAGUGAUUCUGAAACUACGGAGUGUGAAUACACACCAAAUUUCACACCUGGAUCAGUCAUUGCCUUCAGACUAAGCUUACUUCCUCGUGCUCAAUCUGCUGUAAAUAAGAUUCGUGGAGCUUUGUCUGAGUUUGGCUAUAAGGGUGAAAUGGGUUCCCGUAUCUCUGAAGUCACCACUAACAAUGCAGCAUUAUCAGAAAUUGUUAGCAAUCUCAGUUUAGUAGACCUUAACCGUGUGCUGUAUCGGUGUGAAGAGGAAGAAAAGGAUGAAGGGCGUGGCUCUGGAUCAUAUACCAUCCCCAACUCUGGACCUCUGGUCUACUGUGGCCUUCAAGGUGUUAUCUCUGUGCUAAGUGAGAUUCGUGUACAUAAUGAUUUGGGUCACCCACUAUGUGGGAAUUUGCGUGAUGGUGACUGGUUGCCAGAUUAUAUUGUGACCAGACUUAAAUUAGAGCCUUCAACCCAACAACUUGCUCUGUGGCUUGAGGAGGUGUUCGGGUGGCUGAAGGAGGUUCCACGCUAUCUCAUCCCCGCUUAUUUUGAUUCCAUUGUUACAAGCAUCUACCUGACUCUCAUCAACAGAGCGUGGUCACUUAUGGGAGAAUUUGUAUCUCAGGGUUCAGAUUUUGUAAAGGCCUUGAGUCUUUGCUCGGUACAGUUCUGUGGCACAGUGAGGUCUUCGUUGUUGCCACCAUUAUCACCAAAUCUAGCAUUACCUCAGCCUCCAGUUGUCUCUGAUGCUUCUGGUAACCAGAUACAGUUGUCUGCUACCAUUGCUGCUGGACUCCCACACUUCUCCGUUGGUUACAUGCGUAAUUGGGGUCGAGAUACUUUUAUUGCACUGCCUGGCAACCUCCUCAUCCCAGGGAGAUAUGAAGAAGCCAGGUGGAUCAUCUUGGCAUUUGCUGGCACCUUACGUCAUGGUCUCAUUCCAAAUCUACUUGAUGGCGGAAUAAAAGCGCGAUUUAAUUGUCGAGAUGCUGUUUGGUUCUGGCUUCAGGCUAUCCAGAGAUAUGUGACAAUUGCUCCGAAUGGCUACCAAAUUCUGAAAGACAAGGUGUCACGUCUUUUCCCAACUGACGAUUCACCCCCACAGGAACCAGGCAAACAUGACCAGCUGUUAGAAGAUGUAAUCCAAGAAGCACUUCAGUGUCAUUUCCAAGGAGUAAAAUUCCGUGAGAGGAAUGCUGGUUUUGAGAUCGAUCGUCAGAUGAGCAACGAGGGUUUCAAUAACGAAAUUGGAGUAGAUUCGGAAACUGGCUUUGUGUACGGGGGCAAUAUUCAUAACUGCGGUACAUGGAUGGACAAGAUGGGAUCCAGUGAGCUGGCUGAUACAAAGGGUAAACCUGCAACUCCUCGUGAUGGAAGUGCAGUAGAGCUCGUUGGUCUGUGCAAGUCUGCUCUACGUUUCUUGGGUCAGAUGCACCAUGAACACAAAUUCAGUUACAACAGUGUUGAGAGACGGGAUGAUACAGGAAAUGUAACUAAGUGGACAUAUGAAUUCUGGGAAAAGAAGAUACAGGAAAACUUUGAAAAGCUUUUCUGGAUCAGUGAACAGCCUGCACCUGAAAGGGAAGCAAAACCAGAGCUGAUCCAUCGGCGAGGCAUCUACAAGGAUUCCUAUAAUGCUUCUCAAUUCUGGGCAGAUUAUCAGCUUCGGUGCAAUUUCCCUAUUGCCAUAGCUGUCGCUCCUGAAAUGGUAACCCCGCAGCAUGCUUGGGUUGCAUUGAAGAAUGCAGAAAAGAUCUUGCUAGGACCUUUGGGUAUAAAGACUCUGGACCCCAAAGAUUGGGCUUAUGAUGGUAACUACGAUAAUUCAAACAAUUCGGCAAAUCCCAAGGUUGCUCAUGGCUUGAACUAUCAUCAGGGACCUGAAUGGCUAUGGCCUGUAGGAUGGCUUCUGCGUGCACAAUUAGCAAUUGCUUCUAAAGUUGGAGGAUUUGAAGAGCUGGGACGUACUUUAGGUCAUGUGAAAUCUCUCAUGGCUCCUCAUCUAACUUACUUGCUGAGUGAUACCUGGCGUUCACUCCCAGAGUUGACCAAUGCUGAAGGUGCCUACUGCAAAGACUCCAACCCAGCACAAUCUUGGAGUACUGGGUGUUUGCUCGAGGUAUUGUGGGAGUUAGACCAAGUAGAACGGAGUCUAAAGCGUUCCAGUAUGACCAGCAUGUGAAGAGAUCCGGGCUACGCCACCAUCCAUGCACUAGAUACACCACUCCAGCAACACCCUUUACCCACACAUGCAUCUUCACAUUUGUGCCAAACAUACCAAGCCAGUGACUCAUUGUUUCAGGCAUCCCCUACUAGUUUACAGUUCCCUCCUGACAGCAACAGGCAGCACCGGAGGUUAAGUCUUCAGACAGAGCAGCAAAUAGCAAUCCUUGACCCAACAUACUCAAGCCUGCAGCAGCGAGCUCCACAAGCCAGCAGGAUUGUUAUCAUACCUAAGAAUAUGGAUCCUCUAUGUUCAUUUUCCAAGGAAGUGGAUGUAGGCAACACAGUUAUAUGUUAUGUUCCACGUAAUGUUGUGUUCAGUGAAGACCCUAACUUUUUUGAUACUGUAAAUGAUGUUGUCCAUGUUAAAUGUUCCCAAUCUGAUGUAAACUUUUCAAUGGCUCUCCUGCGUAAGCCACAGCAUAUCCCAAAAAAUUGUCUUGCUGUUUGGACAGUAGAUGAUCGAAUUAGACAACAUGCGAUGUGGAGUAGCCCGGAAUAUGUUAACUUUAAGCAUGAAAAGCCUCUAAUGAGUGUGAAAGCCCCCUGGUUCAGAGGGAGAAGUGCCACAAAAGGACGCUUGUUACAUCCUUCUUCAAGAGGUCCAGUUUUGACAGGGCCAGUUUAUCAAAGUAGUAGAUCAGGCUCAAAGAAGUACCAGGGUAAAGUACCCAACAUAGUAGCCUUACUGACAAGUCAUGCAAAGUCUCACCACAAAACUCAGAAAACCCUAAUGCAACCUAAUGUCCAGGUAUCAAUGCCAAAGUUUUUCAAAGAUAGCCACUCUGGGACAGAAAGAGGAUUCUGGCAACAGAAAAGAUUCACACCUGUUUCCCAAGAGAUAUACAAAGCUCUAACCAAAGAGAGUAAACAGUGGCAGGAAGAUCUACACACAAAGCAAACAGAACCAGGGGAAGAAAGUGUAGUUAGUCCAACUAUGCAGGAAAUGGAUGUUAUAAGCAAAGAAAAGAGAUAUGGUUUUAGCUACCAUCUCAAUCCUCCAAUCACUACAGGCCAGUUACAUCGUCCAUCAGUUCUCAAUCUGCCACCACCACCACAGAUGCCACUACCACCAGUUCCAGAGGUUCAUGAUCCUGCAGUGCCAGGUCCAUCUUCUAGAAGUGAUAUCCUCUCUCUUGCAGGAAAGCAGAGUGUACCAUGGAAAGAAUUACCACCUCUUCCUAGUAUAUCAAAAGCUCAUGGAUUAUACCAGCCAGUGGCUUAUAAAGCACAACGAAUUUCCGAAUCUGUUACUUUUGUGAAUCCAUAUACUCAAGAAGAAGAACGCGAACCAUCACUGAAGGAGGUUAAAGCAGAUGAUACUACCAUAACUCCUCAUUCGGAAAGGCAAAGGAGAGAGUCCACGUGUCUUUUUUUUCCAGAAGUAGUCAAACCUCAACAUGUAAACAAACAAAAACUUUCUGUUGUGUUAGUUUUGUCUUUGUUUGUUGUUGCCCUUGUCAUGUUCUAUCUUUUUUAUUUUCUUUAGAUUUUCUUUUCUGUACAUUUUUUGUCACUUGUAUAGCUUUACAUUAAUGCAUUAUACAUUACUAGAUGACAUACCUUUAUGCUGUUCUGGUGGAGCUUUUGUAGGCUUAGUGUUGUAGCUUACAUGACGUCCUAAAUACUUUGUUUGAGGGGAAGAUGACAAAAAUUUAUUGGUGAUAAAUUAUCAGAUAUCUAGUAAAUAGAUAUAACAAUUUUGUUUUCAUACCCCUAAGACAUAUGCAAUUCAUAUUGUACAUCUGAUUAGGUAGUGGAGAAUUAGCCUAUACUGUAUAGCAUAGUUAUUAUCCAUGACGUGCUCAUGCAGGUCUAGUUAUUGCAUGUACUCAAUACUUGUUGAUAUCUUACCCUGUGUGUUGCCUAUUAUAGAUUUCUAAAUACUGUUAAAUGAUAUAAAAAAUGUUGCUUUAUGCAUAAGGAUGGUGUUGUUUUGAUAUUUAUAGGUCAUAUGCAUAGUUUAAUGUUUAUAUAUUUUCUUGAUGCUUGUCAAUAAAUUUUAUUGCUGGAA